AAACCCCAUGGACACCAACACCCAUUGGUAAAACGUACCAAUUACCAAAUUUAUUAACAACAAACGGUCUGGUUGUCUGGCAUUUGUCCGGGUCGAACUUCUCCUGAAGACGGCGCGUUAUCAGCAGUGAAACAAUACGUGUUUCAGGCUGGUAUUGAGAUAGUUGCUAUUUGUCGUCCAAGUGUUUCGAAUUAACUAUUACAACUUCAAUUGUUGAGAUGGCCGCCGUUGCUGCAGCACAGAAGAAUCGCGAAAUGUUCGCUAUCAAAAAAUCUUAUAGCGUCGAGAACGGAUAUCCUGCUAGAAGACGGUCUUUAGUGGAUGACGCUCGUUUCGAAACUUUGGUGGUGAAGCAGACAAAGCAGACCGUCUUGGACGAAGCGAGACUUAGAGCUAAUGAUUCGAGCCUUGAACCUGAACCUGAAUUUGAUGCACAAAAGGAUUCAAAACAUGACGACAAAAACGAAGAUAGCGGACUUACUGAGGAAGAAGUGGUUUUGGGUAAUGCAGUGAGCGAAAAUCCGGAUGCCAUUCAGCAAGCCGCUUUAGUCCUUCGUCUGCGGGAGGGCAUGAAUUCUUUAUCCCGUGUACUUAAGACCAUUGAGAAGUUCCAAGGCUCGGUCGGUCACCUUGAGACGCGACCCAAUAAAAAUGACAAAAACGAACUGGACGUUUUUGUCAGUAUUACCAUGACUCGUCAGAAUUUGCUGCAGCUCAUCAAAAAUUUCAGACAGUCGUCUUCUUUGGGAAGCGUUUCUCUUUUGGGCGAGGACAAUAUUUCUGUGAAGAACCCGUGGUUCCCCAGACAUGCCAGUGACCUGGACAAUUGCAACCAUUUAAUGACCAAGUAUGAACCCGAUUUGGACAUGAAUCAUCCAGGAUUUGCCGAUAAAGAAUACAGAGCUCGUCGAAAAGAAAUUGCAGAAAUUGCUUUCAAAUACAAAUAUGGUGAUCCAAUUCCCCAUGUUAAUUACACCGAGACCGAAAACAAAACUUGGAAGUCGGUGUUCAACACUGUCCUUGAACUGAUGCCGAAGCACGCCUGCAUCGAGUAUCGUCGCGUAUUCAAACUCCUUCAGGAGGAGGACAUAUUCGUUCCUGAUCGCAUCCCGCAACUCGAAGAAAUGUCUCAGUUUCUUCAGCGUCAAACCGGAUUUACUCUUCGCCCAGCAGCUGGCCUGUUAACGGCUAGGGACUUUUUGGCCUCCCUCGCUUUCCGUAUUUUCCAGAGCACUCAAUACGUCCGACAUGUCAACUCACCCUUCCACACCCCCGAACCGGAUUGUAUCCAUGAACUUCUUGGACAUAUGCCGUUGCUCGCCGAUCCCAGCUUUGCUCAAUUCUCUCAGGAAAUUGGCUUAGCAUCCCUGGGAGCGUCUGACGCAGAAAUUGAAAAGCUCUCAACGGUCUAUUGGUUCACCGUCGAAUUUGGGCUUUGCAAAGAAAACGGAGCUGUGAAGGCAUACGGGGCUGGACUCCUGAGUGCUUAUGGAGAACUUCUCCAUGCCAUGAGCGACAAGCCCGAACUGAGACCAUUCGAACCAGCGACCACCGCUGUCCAACCUUAUCAAGACCAAGAAUACCAACCGAUUUAUUUCGUAGCCGAAAGUUUCGAAGAUGCCAAAGAUAAAUUCAGACGCUGGGUCCAAAGCAUGUCCAGACCGUUCGAAGUCAGAUUCAACCCCCAUACUGGUAGGGUGGAAGUGUUAGACACCGUCGACAAAUUGCAAUCUCUCAUUCAACAACUCAGCACCGAAAUUCUUCAUCUGUCCAACGCAGUAAACAAAUUCAAGUCGCGAGAUUUGUAAAUUAGUUCCUCCCUUCUUCUAUAUGUAUGUAUAUCAAAAGAAAAAAAAAAACAGAAAAA